AUACACCAGAGAAUACACUCUGGAGAGAAACCUUAUGGCUGUGAUCAAUGUGGGAAGAGUUUUACUCAGCUAAGCAACCUGGUAGUACACCAGAGAACACACACAGGAGAGAAACCUUAUAGCUGUGAUCAAUGUGGGAAGAGUUUUACUACAUCUAGCUAUCUAACUAUACACCAGAGAAUACACACAGGAGAGAAACCUUAUGGCUGUGAUCACUGUGGGAAGAGUUUUACUGGGCUACAAACCCUGAAAUCACACCAGAGAAUACACACGGGAGAGAAACCUUAUAGCUGUAAUCAAUGUGGGAAGAGUUUUACUACAUCUAGCUGUCUAACUAAACACCAGAGAACACACACGGGAGAGAAAUCUUUUGGCUGUGAUCAAUGUGGGAAGAGUUUUUCUCACCCAAGCAGCCUGAUAGUACACCAGCGGACACACACAGGAGAGAAACCUUAUAGCUGUGAUCAGUGUGGGAAGAGUUUUUCUACAUCUUGCUAUCUAACUAUUCACCAGAGAACACACACAGGAGAGAAACCUUAUAGCUGUGAUCAGUGUGGGAAGCGUUUUUCUACAUCUAGCUAUCUAACUAUUCACCAGAGAACACACACAGGAGAGAAACCGUAUAGCUGUGAUCAAUGUGGGAAGAGAUACUCUGAUAAAAGACCUCUGAUUAAACAUCAGAAAAUACAUACAUGAAGGAGUUGUUUCAUGAUAUCAAUGAAAUAAUGUCACAAUGUAGAAUGUUUUAACAUUGUAGUAGCAGUAUUUGAAUGAAUAUCAGAAUGUAGAACCCUAAACGUUGAGACCCACUAAAUCUGCCCAGGAAGAGGCAAAAGAAUUUGUGUUACACUUACCACGUUGGUGACCCACUUGAAUCAAAACGCAACACUUCAACAUGUUUACGUUUUCAAUAUAUCCCAAACUGUUUCUGCAUAUUGGUUAUUGAUUUGGACACGUUAAAACUGUGUUUUGACAUUGCGAUAUUCCAAUUUAGCAAAAUGUAAUUGAAAAGAGUUGAAAAUAAGACUAUGCCCGACGUCCAAUAUAUGUUCGGUUGUAGUUGUAGUUUUCGGGUUGUUUUUUCAAUGACUUAAUUUCAACAUACUUGCAGCCUAAACACAUGGACGCAGUAUAAUAAAUUAGUCUAUAAUCAAUCGUAUUAACAAUCUUACAUCUUACAUUUAGCACGUAUAGCAUCUUACAUUUAGCACAUAUAGCUCGUUAGCACGUAUAGCUCGUUAGCACAUAGGACGCACUGAUUGGUGUCACCUCGUUAGUGUUACACCUGUGCUGG